CUAAGACGGCCGAAGGGCUUCCAGCCAUGUUGCUGCCAUGUUUCAUUUGAUGCUAGCCGUUCCCGUCCAAGCCAUGUCCACGCACAGCAGCGAGCUGGAUGACAUUGACGAAGAUGAGAGCAGCGUCGGUCAGCUCACAAAGUAUCAGCAGGAGCAGCUGGAUAUGACCAAGAUCAAGGUGAAUAUGGAGAACGAGAAGUACCUUUUGGCUCAUCCAGAAAUCCGGGAGCUGCUCAGCGUCUUUGUGCACCAGGUGCUGGAGUACAAGCCGGACAACAUCCUGUGCUUUGCAGGGGACUUCUUCACCAGGGAUGACUUGCCCGACUUUGUGAAGAAGAAGAUCGAGGGUGUAAAAGAAGGAUGAAAGCCGAGUCCUUCAAAGUUUCACCGCAAAGUUGAUGCCAGAUUUGCAUGGCUCCCUAGAAAGGGCAUGCAAAAUUUGCUAGCACAGAAUGUGGAAGGUUGGUU